AUGUCAAACAAUAGAAAGGUCGCUAUUUUCUGGGACUAUGAAAAUUGUAGUCCUCCCUUGAAUUCUCAAGGACAUGCCAUUGUAAAUGGCAUUAGACGAAUUGCUCAUGUCUUUGGAUACGUAAUAUCGUUCAAAGCAUACUUUGACAUGUCCUCGCAGUCCUCCCAGAAGUCUGUCGGGUUUCGCUCUGACCUUCAGUCCUCUGGGGUGUCCAUAAUUGACUGCCCCCACAACGGCAAGAAGGAAGUCGUGGACAAGAUGAUUCUUGUGGAUAUGAUUACAUUUGCUGUCGAUAAUCCUUCACCUGCCACAGUCAUUCUGAUAGCCGGUGACCGAGAUUACGCUUAUGCCAUAUCAACCCUCCGCCUUCGACAGUAUAAUGUCGUUCUCGUCGUACCUCCAGCCCCAAAUAUUCCCCAGAGCUUGGAGUCUCAGGCCUCUGUCGUGGUGGAUUGGAAUUUUGCUAUUCUUGGAAAGCGCACAGAAGCCGAUACAGCACCGGUGCGGCAACCUUAUCGCAACCUUGACGAAGAUAUCGUAGAGCGGUUAUCACGCGAAAUUUGCGAUUCAAACGAAGAUCCUGCUGUCACUCUUCUUUCUUCGAAUCUCCCCACAGCACCGACCCAUACGCGGCGCGUCAGUGCAGCAGAGCUGCUACAGCCG